GCGAUACAAGUACUUGAAACUAAACAAAAUCAAAUUUUGAAAGAUUCAGAAAACAAAAAUGGCUUUGGUAAGAGGUUUGAUGGCUGCAAAGAAGAUUAUUGGGGGAUCAGUAGGAGGAACAAGGAAAGAAACUUCAGCACCAAAAGGGUUUCUUGCAGUGUACGUAGGUGAGAGCCAGAAGAAGAAGCAGAGAUACAUUGUGCCAGUCUCAUACUUGAACCAGCCUUUGUUUCAAGAUCUUCUCAUAAAGGCAGAAGAAGAGUUCGGAUUCAAUCAUCCGAUGGGUGGUUUGACGAUCCCUUGCCCUGAAGAUACCUUCCUCACUGUAACUUCUCGGAUCCAAGGAUGAUCAUCGUCUGAAGACAAUUUUUAACAUUCUUUUACUGUUACAUUAGAUGACAAUAUUUUUUCAUCUUUCUUUCUAAACUGAAAGAUUUGAUCUAGAUGAUAGGAAUAUUUCAAUGUGUAAAUGCCAAAAUUUUGUGUAAUGAUAUCGAUGGAAACAAACAAAUAGAUCCAGAAAGAUUUCUCUCAGA